UAGGCCGAUCACUGAUCCAUUAAUAAGGGCAUGUCUCGGUCAUGGCCGAUACCGACCGAUCCGAUCCGAGUUUUAAAACCAUGCACAGGCGGAGAAUGCCGUAGCAGUUAAAACCCUAAACCCUUGAAGACAGCUGCGUGCAUCUCUCUUGGUCUCCUGAAAGCGAAAAAUUUUCAGAAACAGGAAAGAAGAUCUUCUAGGAAUAUUUCUGGGAAGAAGGAGAGAUGCCUUCAAAGGCGAAGAAAUCUUCCAAAACACCAUCGAAGUUAUCGUCUUCAGAUCAUUCUGCAUCUCCUAAGACCUCAUCAACUUCAUCAUCUCUUCCAGGUGGAGAGAUCAGUGAAGAGGAUCUUUUGUAUGUUCUUGAAGAAGCUUCAAUCAAGUUCCCUUCUUUCAUCUCCAAAUCUGCUUUUGUUGGCCAGAUUAGCGAUGUUGGGUCUGAAAGUCACAAAGCUACGAUUUGGCUUUCUGAGUCUGCCAUGGUUGCUUCCUCCCUUAUCCCUGGUUCGGUUGUUUCGGUGUCUCUUGCUUCUUCAAGGAAAGGGUUUUCAAAUGGCUCCCCUGUUGACUUAUUAACAGAUGAGUUUGUCAGACAUAUUGGUGUUUAUUCCAGAGGUGAAAGAGAGAAUGAUACAGGCAGAUACUUUGCUCUUGCAACGGUUUUCCCUUCGUGUAAGGUUUUGAAGAAUGGAGUACGAUUAUCAUGGAGCCUUUCAUCCACGCUGGGUUUCCCUUCUUUGGGCAGGAUCAUAUUUAUCUCCUCCAUUCAAACUCUAUAUGUAUCUGGGCUUCUGAAUAACUUGCCUAGCCCAAUUAAUAGUGCAGCCUGUCCUCUCACAGUCUGCAAAUGCAAGGACUUGCAGUUACAACUGAUUUCAUCAAUGGAUGGUGUAUCAAUUAAACAUGACAUGUCCCGCAGUAAUCGUCCAGCUGAGAUGGAUCAGGGUCAAUUUGAAAAGGGGAACUUUUCAUCCCCAAAGACGCCAUCAUUAUACAAGCCAAAACUUGAUUCUCCUAUAAGUGGUCCGCUAUAUUCAGGAAGAUGGGAAGACUCUGUGCUGAAAUUAGGAUUAGGUGAUGAAAAGACGAAGGAACUCUGGCAAAGUUGUGCUGUUCACUGGCUACGCUCUCGCAUUUUACUCCCUGGGAAUAUUUUGACAAUCCCAAUAUUUCCUUAUACUUUCGUUUUCCGUGUGGAAGGUGCAAAUGAAUCAGAAUGUACUAAUCAGAAGUUGAAAGAUGAAGGGAAUGAUUUGAUUUUUCGAACUCCUACACUCAUGGACCAUGUUAAAGAAGCCUUUUUGGUGGAUCAUGAAACAAAAGUACAAAUCUUCUCAUCAUUGACUUCUGAGACAGAGACUGUAGAGAAAAGCGGCUACCCACGGGAGGACCUUGAGCAUAAAGACUUCAGGACUAAAAUGAUUAGGGAUGUUCCACAGUUGGGUGGUCUUUCUAAAGAAUUUGCUCUGUUGAAGGAAAUCAUUAUCUACUCUUUGCUGAAGGACAGCCUCUCAAGUCUUGGUUUACAAACCAUAAAGGGCGUCCUUCUCCAUGGCCCUCCUGGGACCGGAAAAACUUCUUUGGCUCAUUCAUGUGCUCGUGAUACUGGUGUCAGCUUUUUCUCUGUAAAUGGACCUGAGGUUGUAAGUCAAUACUAUGGUGAAAGUGAGCAAGCAUUGCAUGAAGUUUUUGAGUCAGCUAGCAAAGCUGCACCUGCUGUGGUUAGAUAUUCUUUCCCACCUUUAUGUCCAGAGGCCCUUUUAUGUCCCUACUUUUUAUUUCCCUGUAUUUUGUUUUCAAUAUUCGUUCUGUGCGUUGUCUUUGGGUGUUCAUUUUGUUUCUUUUUUCUUUAUAUCUUCUCUUUUUGAGUUUCCAUUCGUACUAUGAGCAAGGUUUAAAGUAUCGGUAUCGGGUAUUGUACGGAAGGAUGCUUUUAAGAGAUGUAUCACAUUGUAUUGGAGAGAUACAAGAUACAAUAAAGAUACAUAUGGAAAUGGUCAAGAAACAUAUGGAAAUGCUUAGAAUAUAUUCAAAAUACUGUUUUUAAGCGUAAACACUAUUGAUAAGUAAUAUGUGAAGUAUAUCAUGUAUAAAAAAGAGAACAAAGUAUGACAAGACAAGUGCCUUCAAUAGGUUAUAUAUAAAGGAUGAGGUUUCUUACAUGUGUUAAUACCAAUUUUUUUUUUACGUAUCGUAUUGGUACCUUAAGGAGACAAUAUGUAUCGGCGGAUACGGUAGGAUACUUAAAACCUUGCAUACUAGAAGGGUGAUUUUAACUUUUAAGAGACGUUUCCUAUCGUAUUGGUGGGACACAAGAUACACUAAAGAUACACAUGGAAAUGGUCAAGAAACACAUGGAUGUGCUUAUAAUACAUGCAAAAUACAGUUUUGAAGCAUAAAACACCUUAUUAUGCAAUAUGUAAAUAUAUAUAGGGAUUUUCUUAUUGGCACCUUGAACACCCAUCAAGGUGUCAAAAUAACUUAUAACCUUAUUUUUUCACCCCAUCAGGUAUUACACACUUCCCUUUGGGCAAGGGUAAAAUAACUUCAUUUCACAUAUGCACUAAAAAAGUGUGAUAAUGACAGGUCCAAACAAAUUACAGUUAGUUUGGGCAAAAGAGUAAAACUACUUCGACCCAGUUGGGCUACUAGAAUAAAAAUGCAUGGGUCAUUGGGUCCCUACAGUAUACUCUAUAUUGACAAACCCAUCCCCAUGGGGUUAAUUGGAAACAUCACCGUCGCCGUUGUAUUUCACUUUCAAUGUCACCAUGAAAGAUGGGGUUGUGUGACCAAGGAGAUCGUUGACUGUGCCUCUGUACCUGCUCAUUGUCUCUCCCUCUUUCAGCUUUGCUGCUGCUGAUGGCUAUUGAUGGCUGC